AUGAGGGCCCCCGAUCUCUUCUGUGUGGAAAAUACAGGCAUGGAGUACUUCUACAUGUCCACCACAAUCCAGCCCAAGGUGAAGAUCACCCCCACAGAGGAUGACUCCACAUCGCACAACACUUUGCUGAUUUGCACCGUGGCUGGCUCUUUCCCACCGAAGAUUGAGAUCAAGUGGUUCAGGAAUGGGAAGGAGGAGACCAGAGUGUGGACCACAGACAUCACCCGGAACGGGGACUGGACCUUCCAGAUCCAGGUGAUGCUGGAGGUGCAGCCAGAAUGUGGAGAUGUCUACACCUGCCAGGUGGACCACACCAGCUUCGAGGGCCCCAUCACCAUGCAGUGGGUGCCUCAAUCGGACUCCGCCAAGAGCAAGAUGUGGAUGGGGAUUGUGGGGAUCGUGCUGGGGCUGGUCUUUGUGGCAACUGGACUCACCCUCUACCUGAAGUACAAGAAAGUCCGAUCCAUCCCUCAGCCUGCAGCACUCAUCAGCUAG